AUGUACUACCUGCAGCUGGACAAGGAGCCGGCCAUGUACCCGCACCAGAACCCGGUGCCCCGCCACCCGGGCCUCAGCCUCAGCCCGCAGAGCUUCCCCCCGCAGUACCCCGACUUCUCCGGGUACCACCACCACCACCACCACCCGGGCCUGGCCGCCGACCCGCACUCGGCCCCGCAGGGCGGCCCGGCCGCCGGCUGGACCUCGGCCUACCCGGCGCCCCCCCCGGCCCCGCGGGACGACUGGUCGUCGCAUCACUACGCCGCCGCGGCGGCCGCGGGGCCCGCGGCGGCCUCCACGGUGCCCGGGGCAGUGGGCCCGCCGCUGGGCUUCAGCCCGCCGGACUUCAGCGGCCAGUCCCCGGCGCUGCUCACCGCCUCCCUCAACGCGUCUGCGGGGCCGCUGUCCCCCGGAUCCCCCCGCAGGAGGAACCCGUACGACUGGAUCCGGACCUCCGCGCCGCCCAGCAACCCGAACGGAAAGACACGGACCAAAGACAAGUACCGAGUGGUUUACACCGACCACCAGAGACUGGAGCUGGAGAAAGAGUUCCACUACAGCAAGUACAUCACCAUCCGCAGGAAGGCGGAGCUCGCCACCGCCCUCAGUCUGUCUGAGAGACAGGUGAAGAUCUGGUUCCAGAACCGCCGGGCGAAGGAGCGAAAGAUCAACAAGAAGAAGCUCCAGCAGCCGGCCUCCUCCACCACCACGCCCACGCCCCCCACCGCAAGCACGGGAGGGGGAGCGGCAGCCGGAGCCGGAGGGGGAGGCAGUCUCCAUGGAAACGCCUUGGUGACGAGCAGCAGCAGUGGGCUGGUGUCUCCGUCGUCUCUUCCUCUGAACAUCAAAGAGGAGUACUGA